AUGAAGGGGAGAAAGGAACCAAAAUCUUCGACUGCAACUGUUAGUCUAACAAAAUCCUUUUCAGUUGCUUCCACAUCUAUAGUGAAGAAGAGCCUGAAAGCUCCAUUCGGUAUUAUGUCUUAUUCAUUGUCUACAAUGUCUAAGAAUACACCAAGAGGUGAAGAUGCAGAGCAAGUGUUAGAGUCAGGCGAGAGUGAGUCGUCAUCAGGAGAUAAGGAAGAAGAUUUAGCAAGUCCGAACGUUAUGGCCAAGAGCAUUGCAGGACUCCUAACAACAGCCAGUAUGUAUGUGGGAAUUGGUGAUAUUCAACAGGCAGAACAGAUGGGCGACGAAGAUGUCAAGGGUGAAAGUGAUGAUGAAAGUGCUAAGCAGGCCGAAGUCAGUGGCGGAAGUGACACUAAAGACGCUGAAGCUGAAAAGUUUACAGAAACGACAGAUGAUAUGGGUACCAGUAUGACAGGAACUCACUCGGCAACCGAUUCAAGGAGGUCAACAUUAUUUGAGUUAUCUAUAGUUCCUAAUCAUGACACACACUCUAUUCAUACCACUAAGUCUCGGAAUAGAGCGUCAAAGAUUAUGUCCAAGUUAAAAAGCAAGUUUAAUUUGGAUGAUGAUGAACAGCUUACAAAAGAAUAUUCAUGUUGGUUGCUAAAAAAUGUGCUAAUACAAGGUCAUAUUUACCUAACAUCUAAGAAUUUGUUGUUUUUUGCCUUUCUAUACAAAUCUAAUGGAUCAGCAAAGUUAACUGGCAGUUUGUCCAUCUACAACAAUAGUAUAUCUAUUAGCGGUAAACCUACUCGCUAUUGGGCUGUACUGAAGGAUCAUACUUUAUCUUUGUAUAACUCCUCCACAGAUCUUUACUUCCCUGUUUUGACUAUCGAUUUGCGUUAUGUCACGAAGGUGCAGCAAUGCAAGAAAAAUGGACAAGAAACGAAAGAGUUCUAUAUCGUUACUGAGAAUAAGACAUAUAGUUUUUAUGCCGAUAAUGGACAUUCUGCCAGAUCGUGGGCUUCUAGCUUGAAGAAACAAGUUUUUACGACUCAAAACUCGGAAAAUGAUUCCAUCAGUAUCAAGAUCCCGUUGUGCAAUAUAGUUGACCUUGAGGACCAAAUUAUUGUUGAACAAGGAUUGACUUUACGUGUCAGGGUGAUGGAAUCCUAUGAUUCUUUUGCACUAGAUGAUUACUUCUUCAUGUUUUUUAAUAAUUCUGCAAACCAAUUAAAAGAAAUUAUUAGAGUUCAAUUGCUGAAUCUGGAGAUGUUGGGCUCGCAAGUUAUGAUUAAUUAUAAAAGGGCCAGCUCUCCUGUUGAUACAAGUCGAACUGGUAGCCCCGUCAAAAAUAUGGUAAAGGAUUGGCCCAGAGGUAGGGGUAGUGAAAGAACAGAAUCUUAUUCCACUCAUCUAUUAUUAGGCAUGCUAUCAUCGCCAACAAGAAGAGAUGAAGGUAAUCUUACCAAAUCACAAACCUCACCUCGAACACCCUCAAGGGUUAAACAAACUUUCAAAUCCAUGACUGAUAGUUUGAAGUUAUCUUCCCCACGAUUACUAAGAGCAGAAGAGCCUAGUUCUCCUGAACGUCAGCGACGUACAGAUGACCCAAUUCCCAUAUCCUUUACUCAAGCUAAUGAAGGAAGUUCACUUGACCAGUCUUCUGAUGUUUUAAGAUCCAAGCUGAGCUAUUGGAAUCCUAAGUCUUUAAACAGACUGCGUAACAUGUGGAAUGCUCAACCAGUUCAUUAUGCUACUCACGAAGUAAAUUUGUUUUCAAAAGAUGAUGGUUUAACCAUCACUGAUAGAUCGGAACUGCAGGCAGCCGAUAAGAGAUUCAAAAAUCAUUUUUCACUUACCAAUGAAGAAACCCUCAUAGCCUCAUACUAUACUUAUUUGAAUAGAAGUGUUCCAUUAUAUGGGAAAAUUUAUUUGGGCAAAAAUGUCAUGUGCUUUAGGUCGUUAAUUCCUGGAUUCAAAACAAAAAUGAUAUUGCCAUUAGCUGAUGUAGAAAACUGUUAUAAAGAAAACGGUUUUAGAUUCGGAUACUUUGGACUAGUUGUUGUCAUUCAUGGGUACGAAGAAUUAUUCUUCGAAUUUGCGUCCCAAAAAUCUAGGGAUGAUGCAGAAUUCGUUAUAUUGAAAAUCAUAGAUGCUUUUGCACCUAUUGAAGACAUUGAAAGGGAUGCCAGCGGGCGUCAACAGGCUGUUGGAGCAUCCAACUUACAAGAUGCCACGAAUGAUGCCAAACUAAGAUUAUUUGAAGACAAAAUUAGUUCUGUCGGAUAUGAUAUCCCUAUUAUGGUUGAAGACAGUCCCUACUACAAAACUAAAAUUACUCCAAAAAAAUUCUAUACUUUUGGGUUGUUAACCAUUGGAUCUAGGGGUGAUGUUCAACCUUAUAUCGCAUUGGGUAAAGGGCUUGUAGAAGAGGGCCACAAGGUAGUGAUUAUUACCCAUAAAGAGUUUGGUGAUUGGGUCACCUCCUAUGGGCUUUGGUUUCGGAGUAUCGCCGGUGAUCCAGCCGAGUUGAUGGCUUUGAUGGUUCAACAUGGUUCUAUGAAUGUAGGAUUGAUCAGAGAAUCAGCCACUAGAUUUAAGGACUGGAAGAGGGAUUUAUUAACGACUGCAUGGGAUGCAUGCCAAGGGCUAGAUGUUUUGAUCGAAUCUCCAUCUGCAAUGGCUGGAAUCCAUAUAGCGGAGGCUUUACAAAUCCCCUACUUUAGAGCAUUCACGAUGCCAUGGACUAAGACAAGAUCAUAUCCACAUGCUUUUAUUGUUCCUGAUCAGAGAAGGGGAGGUAAUUAUAACUACUUCACGCAUAUCUUAUUUGAAAACAUUUUUUGGAGGGGAAUUAGUGCCCAAGUAAACAAAUGGCGGGUUGAAACUUUGGGCUUGAAGAAAACCAACUUGGAGUUUUUGCAGCAAUCUAAAGUUCCAUUUAUUUACAACAUGUCUCCAAAAGUUUUCCCACCAAGUGUUGAUUUUGCGGAGUGGAUUAAGGUGACUGGUUACUGGUUUUUAAAUGAAGGCAGUAAUUAUAGUCCUCCCAAAGAGUUAGCAGAUUUCAUUAAAAAAUCUCGUGAAUCAGGCAAACCGCUAGUUUAUAUUGGGUUUGGAUCAAUUGUUGUCAAAGAUCCUGCCAAAAUGACAAUGGCCGUUGUUGAGGCUGUAGUAAAAGCUGAAGUUUGUUGUAUUCUAAACAAAGGCUGGUCCGAGCGUUUGGGCAGUCCCUCACAAAGAAAAAUAGAUAUUGAACUCCCAGAUUGUGUUUACAAUGCAGGAAAUGUCCCCCAUGAUUGGCUAUUCCCGCAGAUGGAUGCUGUAGUACAUCAUGGAGGUUCUGGUACAACAGGUGCAUCUAUGAGAGCUGGGGUACCAACCGUUAUCAAACCAUUUUUUUGGCGACCAGUAUUUUUACGCCAACAGGAUUGA